CACGCCGAUCGCAGCCGAACGCGCGUGCCUCACGGAUCCCAGUGCGAUGUGUGCGUGAGGAGCGUGCCCGGGCUUGAAAUCGCAUACAGCAUCACAGGUUCUCGUUGCCUUGUGCGUACAUACAAAAAAGAUAGCUACAGCUGUAUCUGGCUGUAUCAUAACCAAUCAUAACCCGAUAACCGGUGUAACCACGUGCGGGUUUAAAGCGUCCUCGCAAGUUUAUCGGUUUAUCGGUUUAUUUGCGAAAUGACGACGUGUUAUACCGCUUGCUCGUGCAACCCUGUCCCUCAUUGCGCCGACUGGGGCAGAAAUGGGCUGCUCUGUUUCGGAACGCGAAAUGCGAUCGCUAUUUACGAACCAGGCGCGCACAUUGGCCGCGUGAUACAAACGUUGCAUGCGAACAUCGAUCGUAUCACCACGGUACAUUGGAUAAAGCCGAGAAACGGCGCGCCAGAAACGGAAUUGCUGUCUACCUCCGCGGACGGUAGAGCAAUUAUUUGGUCCCAACCAGCAAAUCCACAAAUUCAAGAUAAAUCGUUUUUUUAUAAUGGAAUGUGGAUUGCGGACAAUGAAAUUCGAAUUCGCUCAGUUCCCCGAGGUGAUGCGAUUGUCUUCGCUGAUUCUCUCCAAUUAUCCGAUACUACGUUGAGCUAUUAUGAAGAUUACCCUCCCAGUGUACAGUGGGGAAAAGUAUUAAUAUGCACAGGCAUGGUCACCGGCAGUGUAAAGCUAUGGUUGAGCGAUGAAGACAGACAUUCCACGUACAUUCAGUCUAUAAGUUUUGAAAGUAAGCUAGCGAUAUGCUGCCGCUUGACAUUCUUGCCGAAUAGUGAAUGUCCCCUUUUGGCUAUAGCGUUAGAAGACGCUUCGGUUUCGUUGUAUACUACAAACCUCGAUGAGAAUUCGAUGUCAACAGGGGCUAUUAAAUCGAAUACAAUGUUUCAAAAAGUCCAGCGCUUGGUUGGACAUGAAGACUGGAUAACAUGCAUGGAUUUCACUCAGGAUAACAAUGAAAAUCUUUUUCUUGCAACAUGCUCAAAAGAUAGUAUGAUACGAUUGUGGAAACUCAGCAAGGCUGUCAAAGAUAGCGAAUUGUCGAGUGACGAACUUAAACAGGAAAGUUAUAGUUUUGUGGUAAAUGACAGACAAUAUGAUAUUACUUUGGAGUCUGUGCUCUGUGGUCAUGAAGGCUGGGUUUAUGGUGUACAUUGGUACCCUGUGAAAACAGAUAACUAUCAAACAAUGAAACUACUAUCUUCUUCGAUUGAUAAAACUAUGAUUAUAUGGGAACCAGUUGAACUUAUGAAUGGAAUAUGGACAGAGACGACACGCGUUGGAGAAGUCGGUGGUAAUUCCCUUGGUUUUUAUGGCUGCAAGUUUGGCCCAGAUGGAUCACAUAUAUUGGCACAUGGCUAUCAAGGUUCUUUUCAUAUCUGGAAAUAUUCUCAACAAAUGAACAAAUGGCUUCCACAUCCUACACCUGGUGGACACUUCUCUGAAGUAGUUGAUUUGUGUUGGGAACCAAAAGGAAGGUUUCUUAUCACAGCCAGUACAGACCAAACCACAAGAAUUCAUGCGCCAUAUAAAGGCGACGAUCUUAAGGAGCUAUGGCAUGAGAUUGCACGUCCUCAGAUACAUGGAUAUGACAUGUCCUGUUUAACCAUGUUAGCACCACACAUAUACGCUUCUGGAGCGGAUGAGAAGGUGGUGCGCGUUUUCAUGGCCACGUCGGCGUUCAGGAAUCGAUUGCAAUCAUUGGCGAAUGUUGAAGAUUUCAAAUCCGUAAGAGCUCAUAAUGCUGCUGUACCCUCUCUUGGAUUAACAAACAAAGCAAUGUACAAUGGAAAAAAUGAUGAAGAGAAAACAGAAAAUUUAGAAGACACUGAAAAUUUAACGACGUACGAACCACCCACAGAAGAGGAAUUGAUGCAAAAUACCCUUUGGCCAGAAACAAAUAAACUUUAUGGGCAUGGCUACGAAAUAUUCUCUAUAGCAGCAAGACACGAUGGAAAAUUACUGGCUACAGCAUGCAAAUCAACUAAUAAAGAACACGCGGCAAUUUUAUUAUGGGACACCGAUACCUGGUCACAAGUUCAACGAUUAGUCCAUCAUCAAUUGACUGUGACGCAAAUGGAGUUUUCUCCAAAUAAUAAAUAUUUACUGUCCGUAUCCAGAGAUAGAGGAUGGGCGUUGUUCGAAUCUACGGAUGAAAAUUAUCAGUUAGUCGCAGCCUGUUACGGCAAAGACAAUCCACACACACGAUUAAUUUGGUGCUGUGCUUGGACGCAAGACUCGAAUUAUUUCGCGACUGGAUCCAGAGAUGGAAAUGUCGUAGUAUGGUCCCCAAAUAUAAGAAAAAAUAAUAUUGUACCAAAGACUGUUCAGAAAGAGUGGAAGGAAGCAGUUACAGCUUUAUGCUUUGUGCCAAGUCACAUCACACAAGGAUCUUACAUUCUGGCUAUUGGAUUUGAGAAAGGACACAUAGAAAUUCAAAAAGUUAAUAUGGAGUUGAGCGAUAAAUGGGAUUUGCUGUUGAGUUAUGAUACUGAUCAGGCUCAUCAUUUAACAGUAAAGAGACUAAAGUUUCGACCUACCAAUCAUUUGCAUAACUUGCAAUUAGCAAGCUGUAGUUCUGAUCAUUCUGUUAAAAUUCACAAUAUAAAAUUGUCAUUAUUAGGACUAUAAUUUUUGCAAGAAUUAUAGAUUUCUUCUGUAACAUUGUUAUUCUUAUAAAAUUUUAUAAAAAUGAUCUUGUGAUACAAAAUACUUGUGUAAUAUAAAUUUCAAGUAAAUGUCUAAAAGAAAAGGUC